GGGUGCUCGUGGUGUUAGGGGCGGGUGCCCCCGAAGAGUUCCCCUAAAAAACAAAGGGCCCUAACAAUAUAUCUCCGUAUCGAGCGGUGUGUGUGCGCGCCAAGCCCAGAAUGAGCAUUCCCACUUUUCGACUGCCAGAUUAUUUAGCCAGUCGACUCUUCAUCACACACGACGAAACCCGACCGCAAUAAACACCAAAUAUGGGACAGAAAAGAAUUACAGAAUUCUUCUCUCAAACUACCAGCGUGGUGGUAGAGACUCCUCCCGUCUCUGCUGGCAGCUUUAUGAAGCUGCCUGCCAAAGUGAGGAGGGCAAUCUACGGUUUCGCCGGUAUCGGGCACGACGCAGGCACAACGGAUGGAUUCAUCGACCUUAAUUGCUGGAGUCGUGGCCACCAGCUCACCGCUUUGACGUCCCAGGAUCGCCACUCUGGAGAUGUAGAGUCCGAGGAUAGAGAGGAGUUGGCGCGCGUCUGCGCCAACUGGAAGAGCAGACUUCCGAUCAACCUUUUGCAAGUGUCCCACGCCAUCCACGUCGAGGUAGAGAAUGCGCUCUACCAGUCCCAUGUUUGGGGGGUUUCGGCGAGCGCUCGCGGCGGAUUGAGUUUGCUAGAGAAUCUCAGUCCUCAAGCUGUGAGAGCGAUGAGAUGCCUGUUCGUCAGUCUCACUCCGUGCGCAUGCGACGGAUGCGUCGUAACGGGCGUGUGCCCCCACCCUAUCCCCGUCGACCUGAAAUUUUGCCUUGGCACUCGCGACCAGUGGCUCGAUCACGGCUUCGAACCCACGGCUUGGACUUUGGAGCAGGUCAACUCAGAUCGCAGGGAGAGGCCGCUGGAUAUUCGUUCGAGCCUUGAUAGGCGCACUGUCGCCCAGUGGGAGAGAGUAUGCGCGAAACUGGCGCGGCAUGCCGAGCCGCGGCGUCUCAGCCUAUACUUUCGGUGCGUGGUUAGGGAUGUCAGGACGGCCGAGCGCGUUGCGAGGCCGCUUGGCUGCUUUACAUCACUUGAGGAUCUCGGCGUCUCAUUCGGCCGCCGUGCCAAGGACGCACCGGGCCCACACGAAGAGUCGCUCUUAUCGCUCGCCAGAGACAUCGUCCAGGCGGCAACGUACAGACCCACCUUCCCCUUCUUCGAUCUGCCAACCGAGCUGCAGCUCCAGGUUCUAAGCUUUUCGCACCUUGUUCACGAUGGGUUCGACCUCAAGUACGUUGCCGGGAGGCCCCUGCUGAGCCGCCUAAAGGAAGACGGCUCCGAGGAGCAAAUUGUCGAGUUUUCGCGGCUCGACGGGCGCCUCGCCUGGCUUGUCGACGGAGCCUUCUGCGCCGAGAGUGGCAAUGUCGCAUCUCGCGGCCGCUGUCAUCAGUGCAACGCGCCGGCCGCCUACUUCCUCGUCAGCAAGCGGUUUCGCGACCUCGCUCUGGAGCUGUUCUACGGGCGAAACCGCAUCGUGGCCCAAUACAACGACAUCAGGUGGUGCACAGCAGGUAACUCGAAAACGAUGGGCCGACAGCCCACCAUAGCGGAAUCGCCACCACUUCCGCAUGUGCUGCUUCGGCACGUUACCCGGCUGACGCUCGUCGCGUCGAUCCGGCACUGCGUCGUCGCCACCGCCGGCUUCACCCAUCUCGUCAAGCUCCUCGGCGCACACGCACGUCUGCCUUCGCUCAUACUAGAGCUGCACAUGCGCGACGCGCACAGCCGUAGCGAGGUGCUAGCUGUCCUCGGCGGGGUUCCGGCUGUCCGCGGCCUGGCGAGGCGCCAGAGGCGACAUGCCGAGAUUUACAGGAUCAUCUUCCGCCACAUCCGGCAGGGGCUCGCCACUAGGGGACUCAAGGCAUUCCUGUUAUACAUGUGGUGGGAUGACUUUGACCCGGAUGCCGCCGGCGACGACGUCGCGACACGGAGGGCACUCGAGCGGCAGAAGGAGAAAGAGAUUAUGGGUGCGGAAUACGACUCGGAGAAAUGGGGCAAGGAGCUGCAGCGGAAAGCAUUCCCACGGGCAAGGAUCUACGAUAAUGGUUGGUGAAACGUGCUGUGGAGCUUAGUUAAUAAUUUAGGUAUGGCUUCCACCACAAUAAUCUAGCCACAAUACUACCCGAUGGGCAGAGCCUUUGGGAGCUGCUAGUGACCUACAAUAGCCUUCCGGGGGUGUGGUUACCCUUGGUGACCGUUACCCUUAUUCCUCUGUGGGCUCCUAAGCAGAGGGCUCUGAGCUAAGAACCCCUAGUAGGGGUCUAGGGGCUGAACACCCUGAACACGAUAGGGUCUCGAUAUUAACAUCGUUAGCCUAUACGGCAUUUGUUACGACUAGUCGGGGCGUAUAAUAAGUAAGUUAUACUAAAUAGUAAGGUAGAAAGG